GGAGCUGGAGCGAUGGAGAGAAUAGUAAGAAGAAGAGGAAGAAGAAGAAGAAGAAGAGUUCAAGAACUCAAUGCAGUCUUCAAUGGCCUCUGCCCUCAGGUGGGAUUCUACAAUGGCCGCCGCCGACGACGACGAGCUUUCCGCAUAUGAUCUCGACCUUCCCAGCUGGCUGCUGCUGCCACCGGAGGACGACGACGCCUUCCGGCUGCAUCUCUUCUGCUCCGAGCUCGAAACCAGACGCGCCACGUUCGCCCCCACCUGCUUCAGGAACCUCACCGCUGAAACCGAAAACUCCGCCGCUUCCGUGAUCACGGCACUCUUCUUCUUGUUCUUGUUCUUGUGGAUUUCUUUAGUCGUCUGCUCGUCUCGUGCUUUACAUAUUUAUUGUCAAUAAUAUAUAUGGAGUAAUAAUUUUGCUUUUCUGAUAGUUGUGUCACUCUCGUCUUCUAAAAAAAGCUUCAUCAAUCAGUAUUUGAUACCCUAAAAUAAUUAUAUCUUUAUUAUUAUGGUUUCUUGAUAACUUUUAUUUGUUUGAUAAAAUAAAGGCUAAACUCCACCAUUGGUCCUUCAACUUUAUCAAUUGUGUACGAUUGGUCCUUCAAGUUUUAAAAGUCCAUAAAUAGUCCUUCAACUU